UAAGUUAAGACUAAUUAAAAGUUCACCAGAACUCGCGAACAAUCGAAAAAUUUGCAAUUUUUUCGCGAAAAAUUGUAUGCAUGCAUUCUUAUGGCUGUACUGUAUGGCUGAUAACAUCGGUCAGGAACAAAAUGGUGGAUAAGCAUACCCAUGUUGUGUAGUGCCCUACUGACAGCUCUAUGGCCUCUAGCCUCUAUCGGUCUAUCCUCUAUCAAUUUUUUCGAAAAAUUCAAUGUGAUCAGCGAGUAUAUUUUCGUUCGCACGUAAUUUCUUUUAGUUCGAUUGCGGCUUCAUAAAUAUUCAUUCUAUUCUAUUAUUAGAUAAUUCACCUGAGAACCUCUCUGAAAUGCCUAUUCUGUAGUGAUUCGUACUGUUCUCGAGAUAGCUCCGUAAGAAAGCUCGCUCAUUGCUGUAAAUGGACAAAUGGCUGUAAUUGAAUCUAUGAAACACUUCUCCAGCUAAAAAUAUCUCGAAAUAUAAUCUCAGUUUUUGUCCUAUUCGUUCUUCGAUCUUCGUUAUAGCUUUGAGUUUCUGAGAAGAUACAUGAAACGUGAAAAAUGUCCAAGACAAAUGCUGAUACGGUAGCAGAAAGAAGAUUACGACCGGUGUAUGAUUGGUUAGAUAAUGGAAACAACAAGAAAGCAAUUCAAGAAGCUGACAAAGUGUUGAAGAAGCAGCCAGAUUUGCUGUGUGCCAAGGUGUUGAAAGGAUUGGCUCUGUUGCGAUUGGGAAAAUGUAAAGACUGCGAAGAAAUAUUAGAAAGUGUUAAGAAAGAAGUACCUUGCGAUGAUUGCACUCUGCAAGCGAUGACCAUAUGUUAUCGUGAAAUUCAUAAACUCGAGAAAAUAUGCGACGUUUACGAAAAAGCUGUACAAAAAGAUCCUCUGAACGAAGAACUGAAUACUCAUUUGUUCAUGUCGUACGUUCGAGUAGGUGAUUAUAAAAAACAGCAGCAAGUUGCCUUGAAUUUGUACAGAAUUAAACCGAAAAAUCCGUAUUAUUUUUGGAGUGUUAUGAGUAUUUUGAUGCAGGCUCAGAUUAACGAUGAAACUGUUGCUCAAAAAGUAACUUUGCCUUUGGCCGAGAGAAUGGUGAAAAAAUUCAUCGACGAAGGUAAAAUCGAAGCUGAACAAGAAGUGCAGUUGUAUGUGAUGAUUUUAGAAAUGCAGAAAAAGUACAAACAAGCAUUGGAGACAAUCGAUAGCGAAUUAGGCCAAAAAGUCACAUCAUACUACAUGUUUUCGCGUAAACGAAUUAAACUUCUUGAAAAUCUGGAGAAAUGGAAAGAUCUGAACGCUUAUACUAAGAAAAUGGUUCUAGAAGAACCGGACGCCUACAGUUACUACGGGAUCUAUAUCGAUUCGAUGUUCAAAUUAUUAAAAUCUGGCGAAACCGAAGACGAUCCAAAUACAACGGGACCAUAUACUUUUAAAGAUGAGCUAAUUAAACCCGAUAGUACAAUCGAAUCUUGCGUAUCGUUCAUUAAAAAUUGCCAAACCGAUAAUCAGCAGGCGCAUAAACUCAGGGGACCUUAUUUAGCAAUCCUGCUACUCUACAGGAGACUUCAGGAGGAAGGAUUUGAUCCUGUCAAGUAUUUAGGGAAUGCUGCUCUUGAUCUGUUUAAGAAUUACUUCGAUUCAUUUUCGGCCAAGGCGUGCUGUUUUAAAGACUUAUGUCAAUUUUUACCAUUAAUUCAAGAUGACUAUCAAACUUUGCUAUCAGAGACCAUGAAAAUAAUCGAAGGAACCGAAGAUAAAAGUAAAAAACAAAUGAUGAUGUAUUUGACUCAUUUUCAAAUCAAAAGGUAUUUUAGUACUUAUCGAAAGCUCUCUGUGAACGAUAAGAUGGCGGAGAUUUCUAAAUUGCUGGAUUUCUAUUACGAUGGUCAUCGGUUCAAUACCAAUUUAACGUCGACUGAUUUAGGAUGCAACGAUACAUUUAUGGUAUUGGUGGCUCAUUUAUUGCACGAUUUGUAUUUGGAUACCAACGACUUUAAAUUCAUCAAAGAUGCGAUUUGUUUACUCGAAUACGCUUAUACUUUCAGUCCAUCUAAUCAUCAUUAUAAAUUAUUAUUAUUGAAAUUUUAUAAUUUAUUAGGUGCUUCGAAAGCCGGGUAUAAAUACUUCCAAUUAUUGGAAAUUAAACACGUCCAGUACGAUUCAUUAGGGUAUCUCGAGUGUUGGCCAUUAUUGUAUAACGGACAAUAUAACUUCGCUGUUCAUUUACUGGAUAAUACGUUGAAAUUCUUUAACGUGAAUUACAAAGAGGCUGCUGAUCAGUUAACUCAUGCAUACAAGUAUGGCUCAUUUGAGAAAGUGAACGAAUUUUUGAAUUUUCGAGAAAAGUUGAAGAAUUCUUUCCACUAUAGCUUAGUUACGAUCGAGCAUUUAAUGCACGAUAUUACGCAUUUACCUAGUCAUCAUAUUACCGUUCAAACCGCAUUGCAUAUUUCUAUUAAUCCGGAGAAAAGUACGGUGGCUGAGUUGGAUCAUUUAGUCGAUAAUAGAGAUUUACAGUUGUUCUUGAAUUUCGACUCUGAAUCUAGACGAAUGAACGACGAGUACGCAAAAUUAUCUUUCGAUAACGAAGUAUCGCUGAUUCGUCUACGAACGAUGAUCCUGCGUUGCAUCGGAGCUUCGAUAAACGUCAGUUUAUGCGCGUCGACGGCGACUUCUUCAACGCCGACGAACAAAAACGAUGAAAUAAUGGCUAAAGAAGAUAGCUACGCAAAGACGAACGGAGUAGACGAACCUCAUUUAAGACAGCUACAAAUUUUCAUGGGAGUUAUCGAAGAGCUUAGAGAAUUGUACAAAAAUUCGCUGCAGAAGCCACCGAAAGAUAUACCAAAAGAUGUAUUUAGUGGAGUUGAAUCCUCGAAGCUAUUCUUGUAUCUGAAGUCUCCAUAUUUCUUACCUUUACUUAUCGACGCGAUGACGUUGGCUUACGAAUUUUGUAAUCAUUGCUUAACUCAGAGCUCGACCGAAAAACAGGUCGAAAAAAUAGCCGAAAUUUCGGCCAAUAUGUUCUCCAAGCUGAUUAGCGAGUGUAAUCAGAGAAUAACGGAAGAACUGGAUUCUUACAAUGAAAUUGAUCAAAGAGAGCUUAUCGAAUUUUUGUGCCUAGCAGUCGAAAUCGUCUGCGUAUUAUGUAUCGUUUGUGGUAAUUUGCAUACUAUAUUGGUGCCAUCGAAGCAAAAAGUGACUGCUUUAACCAAACGUAAAAAGAAGAAAGGAGGUAAAGAUGUGACCACCAAUGGAGCGCAGAAUGACGAAAAAAAUAAAGAACAAAUCGAAGAAGGAAUUUUGAGAAUCUUCACCUAUUACGUGAGCAUUGUUCGAGACAAUAUCAAAACCUUGGAAAUACACCUGUCCUAUUUAGAAGGAGGCUGGACUGAGUUGGAAACUCACAAAGCCGGAUUCGAACUGAAACCCGCCAAUUUCAUCGAAUCAAACGCAAGCGGCGAUGCUGAUUCUCCUCCGUUGAUAGGUAUAACGGAAGAAAAAUGGUCGCAUUUGUUGGUCGAACUAAACGAAAAUCUGAAAGAUAGUUACGUAAUGUCGAUUAAACAAAUCAGAGAAAUGGUUAAGCGUAAGAUCGAUUAUUUAUCUUUGUUAACUUUUUAACCAUCGUUUGUUGAUAAUUUUUACUUUUCUUCAUUUUUUUAUAAUAAAGAAAAGAGUUUGUGAAUCAUACGUAAUGUAUUUCAAAUUGUUUAAUAUUUAAAUGGUUCGAUGUAAUCCUUUUGUUUGUGUGGAAUUGAUGUCUGAAAAAUCUUCUUAGCGAGAUCCAUCCCCUCCUUUUAUUUACAAAUUUGGAAAAUUGGUCACGAUAGGUUUAAUCCUUUUGUAAUGUAUAGGCCUACAUUAAUUAUGUAUUUUUUUUUAAAAGUUAUAUCUGUGAUUGUAAUAAAAAUAUUGCGAACAAUA